AUCCUCACCCACAUUCCACAGAACCAAAAAAACAAUCUCUUUAAUCUGUAACAGUCUGUUAAGUCUAUAAGGAUGGACAGAGUGAAAAUAAUGGUGUUUGAGAGGCCUGUGGUCAUCUUCAGUAAAAGUUCUUGCGUCUUGUCCCACACGGUGAAGUCGCUCUUCAAUGACUUGGGUGUGAACCCCACAAUCUACGAGCUUGAUGAGAUAUCAAGAGGCCAUGAAAUCGAGCAAGCACUUUAUGGGCUUGGGUGCAGUACUCUUCCAACGGUCUUCAUUGGUGGAGAGCUAGUUGGUGGAACUAAUGAGAUAAUGAGUCUUCAACUCAAAAGGGGUUUGAAGCCGGUGCUCAUCAGGGCUGGAGCUUUGUGGGUUUGAGACCAAUAUUGUUAACAAUGUAAUACAUAGUGAGUAAGAAAGCACGAUAUUAGUUAGUGCAAACAAUUAGAAAUCAUGAAUCAUAUUAUUAUAUGAGGGAAGUAUUUAUGAGAUUACGUACAAGACAAGGCUACUUAAUCAAGUGUAGGUUCCAAUUU